AUGGUGUCAGCUCCAUCCAGCUCUAAUUUUACGCAGAUAAUACAGUACAAUAUUCAGGUGUUAGGGAUCAGGACUUGCGACCGUCUUAUCAGCAAUGAGCCAAGGAGUGACUCUGAUGGUCAAGGCUCACGGAGAACACGGAAACCAUUAUUUCAGAUUGCUAGAGAAGAUAGAUCAACAUCAGCUGCAGAUGAUAACAUAUACGAAGAUGAUUCGGUGAAAAGAUCAAUUUUGAGCUCACCAUUAGUUGAAUUCAGCACUGUUUAUUCAGCAACGAACAAUUUCAGUGAAAAACUUGGUGAAGGUGGAUUUGGUCCAGUUUUCAAGGGGAUACUACCAGAUGGCCAAGAGAUUGCUGUUAAGAGGCUAUCUAAAAGCUCCGGGCAGGGAUUGGAAGAGUUCAAGAAUGAGAUGAAAGCAUGGACCCUGUGGAAGGAAGGCAGUGUCUCAGAGCUUAUCGAUCCGCUUAUGGGAACAACAUACACUUACGAUGAAGUCUGCAGAUGCAUUCAGGUGGGUCUCCUGUGCGUGCAGGAGUUACCAGCUGAGAGGCCAACCAUGUCCCUGGUGCUCAGGAUGUUGAGUGGUGACGUUACGAUUCCGUCUCCGAAGCAAGCUGCAUCUUUUGUUGGAAGGUCUCCUCGUGUUCCUGCGGAUGACAACAAUACCGAAUCAGGGAAUCAACUAACGUACACGGAUCUUCAGGGCAGAUAG